ACAGUCCGAGGUCGAUCAUUAUCCCUACCGCUUUUGUUGUUUUUCACUCUCUCUCGCUCUUUCACUCUCCCCCUCUCUCUCUCUCUCAUAAACAAGAGUAAAGAAAAAAUCUAGUGAAUUGUAAAGUUGAUGGAGCAUUCAGCAUCAGAUCCGCCACCGAUUAGUUUUUCACCGCCAACAAAUAUGGGUGGUUUUCCGUUUGGUUUCUCACCGCAGCCUGGUGUGAACUUGCCUGCUAACACUCAUCAGCCUAGACCUCUCGGUCAUCCUCCUUAUGAAGAGAUGAUAAGGAGGGCAAUUAUCUCUCUGAACGAGAGAGAGGGUUCCAGCAGGCAAAAAAUUGCUAAGUACAUUGAAAGUGAGUUCCAGGUCCCACAGUCUUCAAGUCACACAUCUGAGUUGACUCAAGAGCUGAGGAAAAUGAAGACUUAUGGUCAAGUGGUUUUAGUCAGACACUCUUACAUGCUCCCAAACUCAGGGCCUCCUCAGCCCCCAUCUCUACCAUCUACUGGGCCUUCUGUCCAACCAUUUGCUGGGCCUUCUGUGCAACCGUUUGCUGGGACUCCUGUGCAUUCCCCUGCUGCUGGUGCCUAUGUGCAAUCUUCUCUUGCUCCUGCUUCUGCUCCUGAUGGGCUUAAAAGAAGGCCUGGUCGGCCUCCCAAGCUUCAGCCUGUUUUUGGCUCUUCUGUUGUAACUCCAACAACUCUAACACAAUCAGCUUCACCUCCUGUGGGCUUUGCUGCUUUUAGUCCCAAGCAAUUGGGCGUGCCUACUACUAAUCUGUUUGGUGGAUUCACUUCUGCUGCUUCUACCUAUCAGUUUGGUGCUGGGCCUAAUGUUUCAACUACGGCUCUUGUUACUGGGCCUGUGAAUAAUGCUGCAACAUUGCCUCCUGUAAAUGGGCCACUGAAUGGUGUUCCAACAAUCACUCUCCCUAGUGGGCCUGUAACUAAUGUGCCUGUUAGUGAGCCUGUGGCUAAUGCCCCUUCAACUAGCCCUGUUAGUGGGCCUGUGACUAAUGUCCCUUCAACUAGCCUGGUUAGUGGACCUAAUAAUGUUCCUGCAACUAGUGGACUUCUGAGUAAUGCUCUCUUAACAAACUCUGUUAGUGGACCUAUGAAUCAUGUUCCUGCAACAGGCCUUGUUAGUGAGUCUAAUGUUUCCUCCAUAAGCCCUCUAAGUGGGCAUGUGAGUAAUUUAGGGCCUGUUUCUGACCCAGAUGCCUUGGUUAAGCUGGGGACUAGUGAACAGAUUGAUGAAUCAGCUGGAGUUGAAGUGGAUUCUGUGAUGGUUGGGAAUGGACCUGAAUCAACAGCUGGGCCUAUUGUUGCUUCGGCUGCUGAAGACCCUGCAGUUGCUCAGAUCAAUGAUGGGCCUCUUCUGGUUGUUUCAUCGGUCCCAGACUCAGUACCGCAUAACAAUAUCGGACCAUCAACUGUGUUGGGCAAAAGAGGCCGGGGAAGGCCACCAAAGCUAAAUGGAGUCCCGAAGAAAGUAUGGGGAAGGCCAGCCAUGUAUGCUAAUAAGAAGGGUCCAAGAGGUCGUCCAAGAGGUCGGCCCAAGCCGGUUCCUACUUAUACUAUGAGCCUACGGCCCAGGGGAAGGCCUAGAAAGGAUCCAGUUGGUGCAAUAGUUACUGUUGAUCAGGCUCAUGCAGGUGGUAAUGUUAGUGGUGGAGUUAUGCCUGCAGCAAAGAUUCAUUGGGAGCCUCAUGGCAAUUCUUUGGGCCGCCCAACCAAGGAUGUCCAAGAUGCUGGGAGUUUAACAUCAGAAAUAUAUUUGAUGGCGUACCAUGGUCUCAAGGCGAGAAUUGAACAUUAUAGAACCAGAAUCAAGUCAGCAGUAAGUGUUAUCCAGCCAUAUCUGCAUGAAUCAGCAGUCACUGCACUAGGGGCAUUGCAAGAUCUUGAAGAUCUCGCCAACAUGGAACUAUUAAGUGUACCCAUUAAUAGUCAAACUGCCGUAAAUGUUCAAGGUGCACCAGGUGAUGAUUUGAACACACCUGUAAAUGUCAAAGAUGUUGCUACUGAAAACAUUCAGAGCCUGCCAUUAACUGGUGAAGACGCUCAGUUAACUUUCCAAGGCAGACAAACAGAUGCUGAAACUGCCCAAGUCACUUUUCAAAGCGCGGCAGAACCUGUUCAGGGGCAGCAGCAGGAACCUCAUCCUCUACAAAGCUAAGGAUUUCUGGUAGGAUCUCAGCAUCCAAUUAUCAUCCUAACAUAUUAAAUUAUAACAUUAGAUCAAUGAGAGGUUGGGAGGAGUUUUUUGAGAAGUGUAAGUUCUGAUUAGGCAAGGAAAACUGUAGAUGUUUGGCAAAAUUAGAGUAUGCAGCUUCCAAAUCUGAACCGAGUAUAGUAUCUGUAUCUGCAAAUUUGUCAUUGCCUGAAUUGUUACUUGUUUAGUAUAAAUCUUUUGUUACCUUUAA